AUGGUUUCAGAAGAACUUCUAGAGAAAUGUCUCGAAAUCUUGCAAGAUCAAGCGCUGGAUGAGGAGGAACAGGUGGAAAAGGUGGAGGAUUAUUUGCGCGCCAACACAUCGCUGACCGGAUCAUCACUGGAGAAUGCGGUCCUGGACAUAUUAUGGCGGCAUCGCAAUCGCACACUACCCGACUCAUCACCUCCUCCCCCUCGUCACACUGUGAUUCGUCGAUCAUCUCCAGCGCCAUGGCAGAUGGCGCGAUCUUCGACCCCUCUAUCACCGUCAAAUCUCGGGACCAGUCCUGGGAGUACCUCGUGGGUGCAGAGCUCGCGCGGGGCAUUCUCCCGACCUCCGCUAUCCUCAACCGUGUCCCCGUUUACCUCCCCGCGGCCCUCUCCUCGACUCGCUCUCGCUCAGCCGAUACCUCAUUCGCCAAGUCUAAACGCAUACGAGUUCUCAGACCAGAGCCAAAUAUUCGAUUAUUAUGGCGAUUUCGGCAAUGACAGUAAUGUGGACUGGUUGGUGGCAGACGAUGCAAAUAGUGUCACUUCGUCUAUUGGCGGCCUGAGCGUCCCAGGAGCCUUGAGCGCGACGGCUGCGGAAUUUGUGCCGGAUAUGAGCCCCCAUGAUAUUUUGCGCACCGUUCUGGGCGAUAAAAAAUCAAAUGAUGAAAUCGAAGCUGCGCUGGAAUCGAAUAGCUAUGAUCUUGGGGCCACUAUCGCAGCUCUCUCGCAGGACACAGAGACUGAACUAUUCACCAAGCAAACCGACGAUGGCCAGGUCUUAGUCGGCAAGUCCAUGGUUAUGGAGCAAAGCCGACCUGUGACACCAUCGGGAAAUGGUCGAAGCCCCGUAGUCUGCAAGUACUGGCUUUCGACUGGGCAGUGUCUUCGCGCCGAUUGUCGUUUUAGCCAUGAUCUGACAAGCCAUUUGUGCAAAUACUGGGUCAUGGGUAAUUGCCUGGCUGGUGACGGGUGUCCAUUUUCGCAUGACCCCUCAACCCUCGUCUCCAACUUAAGUGUAUCAGGGAGUAGCCGGCCAACCUCACCCCCUACUGGUUCACCAUUCCAGGUAGACAGUGGAUCUGAUGCGUUCCCGCCAUUACAAGCAUCGACAUCACUGGAGGAGCAGUGGGGAAACCAAUAUGGAACUCGAUACCCAAGCCAUCUGUCUGGUCUUCAGGGGAGUAAACAUCUCCCGCCUGGUCUUCACCCGGGUAUGGGCAGACGUAACGGCAGCAUGACACAUUUAGGACGUCCCAACUCCCGUCCAAGCAGUCGUCACCAAAACCGGGAACUUAACCCUGCUGCUCUCUCUGUCGACGAUCCCGAUGCAUUCCCGACCCUCGCUGCUGUCAGUGCAAAGAACGCCGGGAAGAAGCACCAUGGAAAGCGAGGCGGUCACAAUAAUCGCGACGGUUUGAAUAAAGAAAACAUUCCAUCAUCUUUAGCAGAUGUGGUGCGCAUGUCUCCAUCGUCCGCGCCUGGAAAGGGCAAAAACUCGAAGAAUAACAAGGACCUUAAGAGCCGUGAGAACAGCGCAGCUGCUCAGUCUAUUCAGGCGCCGCAGAAUAUUCCUUGGCUCGAGACCGGAGCUCGUGCAAACCAACAAUACAUUAAGUACCGUACGGAAGCCAUUCGCCACGGGACCGUACGAAACAAAUUCCUACAGAGCGCCGCUCAAGCAUGGAACCGUAAUGAUGCCCGCGCAGCCAAAGCUUUGUCUCUCCGAGGCCAGGCUGAGAAUGAUGCUAUGCGCCGUUGUCACCGGGAAGCUGCGCGCCAGUUGUAUGAAGAACGCAAUCAGCACAUAGUCCAGGCAGGCCUGGAUGACACAGCCGAAGAACUCUACGUUGACCUUCAUGGUCUUCACCCAGAAGAAGCGAUUGAAUAUCUGGAGAAGAUCUUACUGAAACACGCACGUGAAGGACUACGUGUCGUUUAUGCGAUAACAGGUACCGGCCACCACUCCAAAAACGGCAAAGAUAAGAUCGGUAAAGCCGUGAAGGCGUGGCUCAACGAAUGGCGAUACCUAUUUCGAGAGUUUAGCGUUCCUGGGGAACGAGGUGGCUAUGUCGGGGGCAUUCUUGGUAUUGACCCAUCAAGUUAUGACAAGUCACUUGCCAGGACCUUUGCGGAAGAGGAGGAAGCGGCCGAGCAAGAGGCUGGACAAGCUAAUCUUGUUAUGGGGAAGAUUCAACUUCUUAAACGCGAGGAGUUAGACACGAAUCAAUGA